AUGCGACGCGGGCCGAGCGCAGCCGAGGGCGGCCGAGGCGCGCCGAGGGGGCAGCGGCCGGGCCCGGGCAGCGCAGUGCGCGUCCGGCCGCAGCGCGCGACCCGCGACCCGCCGCCCGCGACCCGCGAGAUGCCGACGGACGACGGCGCGCUCACCGUGGCCAUGUCCAAGGGCCGCUCCGCCUCCAUCUGCGCGCCCGGCUUCUCCAGCAUGGAGGCCGUGGCCGCCGCCGCCGCAGCGGCCGCCGCCGGCGGGGGCGGAGGCAGCGGCAGUGGGGGUGGCGGCGGGACCCCGGUGGCCGGGAGGCGGCGCCGGCCCGCAGCCCGGUCGCAGAGCGCGCGCCUCACCGGCGGCAAGUCCGUGCGGCGGCGAGCGGCCGCGGGGGCGGCCGGGGGCGGCGGCGAGGGCAUGCGGGGCGGCGUGAGCGAGCCGCGCCUCGCCGGACACGGGGCGGAGGGCACGCCGCCCCCGGCGCCGGGGCUGGGGCUGCCCGCCGCCGCCACCCCCGAGGCGUCGCCCGGCUUCCGCAGGCGCGGCUCGAGCCGGCGCUCCGUGCACCACGCUCACGGCCACGGCCACGGCCACGGCCACGCUCACGGCCACGCGCAGCAGCCGCCGCCGCGCAAGUCUGCCGCCUACCUGGACGUGCCCGACGCGCUGGGCGGGCCGCUCGAGGGCGAGGACGACGAGUCGUACCGCCUGCGCUCCUUCAGCCUCACCUCCAAAGGUAGGCGCCGCCCCCCACCCACCUGCCGACCGCCGUCUGUGUAUGUGGCGUCGUCGCCGAUCUGUCAGACCUACUGA